CUUUGAGCUUCUGCGACUCUCUCUCUUCUCCGGAGCUUGAUGCCUAUCUGGACAGUCUUUCACCUUUGUCUCAACUACCGUCGCCUACGAUGAAGGNNGAAGCCUGGUGGAGAGAAGAAGCUCUUCAUGGAAGACAUGACUCGCUGGUUUCCGACAUUUCGUCCUCAUGUAAGUUUGAUCAAACACAUCUGCCGGCUGGCACCUGCAGCUCCAUCAAACCACUGCAAACAAAAGUCACACAGUUCUUGAGCAAUUCUCGAGUGCCCAUGGAGACUGUUGCCCUGACCUACAACAUCUUGUCUCAACCAGCCGUUGCAGCUAUGCAUUGCUGGCACGGCAACCCGACCGCUUUUACUAAGAUUAUGCAAAUUCAUGGACCAGAAUCGGAUGGUUCUUGUCAGCGAGCCCUGGUUAUUCUAUCGGCUCUGAAUGUUGCCGUAUCCUUCACCGAAGACCACCCCAGAAGCUUGUUAUACUGGUCAAGACAAGUAGCUGGAAAUAUCUUCAGCACCGAGCAAAUUAGCACCAUGAAUCGUAUGCUUCUUGCCAAGCUAGAUUGGUCAAUUCAUUCUCUUGCUGCACCAAAGGCGAUUGAAUCAGCUCUCGCGACUCUAUCGGGCCCGGAAGUUGUCACGCACGACAAACAUUCGGCGGUCGCACCAUUCAUCGUUGGCGAGGAGGAUGCUCUCAGGUUAAUCCUCGGGCCACAAACGGUUAUUCAGCAUGGACUAGCAACACCUGAUCCAUCACCAGAUUGCUUGCAUGAAGAUGAUGGUUCAAUGCCUCAGUAUCUUCCUGCGACCCCAGCA